GACACCUUUCCCCAUCAGUGGGGCUCCAGCUGUGGUCCUGCCCUGUGCUGGGCAGCACCAUGGCCCUGCCAGGGCUGGCUCUGGGCUUUCUGCUGGUCCUCAGCCCUCUGCUGGGGACACAGGAACAGAGAGAUCCUGCUGCCCGAGCCCGACGAGGAGCCAGGGACGCAGAAACGUGCCAAAGGCCCUUGUGGGACCCCAGGCUCCGUCUGACACCAGACCAGGAGGAAUACAGCCAGAAUGAAGAAGUGACGCUGAGCUGCCCCAAGAUUUUCCAGCCACCCUUCACCCACGUCAGAUGCGCAGGGGAAGUGCAGCCCAACAUUCACGGGAAACCUACGUACAUCGAGGGGUGGCUGGGAAAGGGCACGGGAGGUGCCUGGAUCCGAAUUCGCUCCAAGGUGGAGUGCAUGGAGGCCUUCCAGGUCGUGCCUGGGACCUUGGAGGUUUCCACCACCAGCAUCAAACUGAACUGGACCUGCAGUCUGCCCGAUGCCUGCCAGCGCAUGCAGGCCACGUGCAGGCUGGCAGGGCCUUCCUCGCCCUCCUGUGAGGCUGAGGAGGUCACGGCAAAGGAAACACUGCACGGCCAGAAUGGAACAUUUACCUGCAACCACCUGCAGCCCUACACUUUCUACAGCAUCACCAUCUCAGUGCCUGCCAGCACCAUCCUGUUCUCAAGACUCCUGAGAACAAAGGCAACAGUGCCCGAGAAGCCAGAGCGGCUGUGGCUGGAUGCCAGCACGGGGACGCUGCGGUGGCAGGCGCUGCCCUCCUGCAAAGGGGAGAUCCUCGGGUACCAGCUGAACAUCACGGCCAGGAGCGCGCAGGACGGCAGCUUCCUGGAAUUCCAGCAGGUGACAGUGAACAGCUCUGUCACCCAGUACACGCCACCUCGUCAGAUGCCCGGCAGCAAGUACACAGUGACAGUCCAGGGCCUGACGGCUGCUGGUGCCGGGCAUGCAUCCUACCUGGAAUUUCAACCCAGUGUCUUGGGUACAUGCCAGAAGCCCUGGUGGGACCCAAGGCUCCGUCUGGCACCAGACCAGGAGGAGUACCACAGGAACGAAGAAGCGACACUGAGCUGCCCCGAGGGUUUCCAGCCACCCUUUACCCAUGUCAGAUGUGCAGGGGAAGUGCAGCCCAACAUUCAUGGCAAACCUGUGUACAUCGAGGAGUGGCUGGGAAAGGACCCGGGAGGUGCCUGGAUCCACAUUCGCUCCAAGGUGGAGUGCAUGGUGAAAUGCCAGAAGCCCCAGUGGGACACCAGGAUUCUCUUUGCCCCUGACCGUGGUUCCUACGACCUCAAUGAGACGCUGACACUGACAUGCCCUGUAGGGUACUGGUCAUCCAGCCCUGAGGUUGCCUGCAUGAAACUCAACCCAAGGCAACGCUUCCUGAUUCCUCAGAUCGGCUGGUUUGUGAAGGACAGCACGGGACAGUGGAAGCCUGUAGAGGGGAAUAUGACCUGUGUGGAGGCCUUCCAGGUCAUGCCUGGGACCUUGGAGGUUUCCACCACCAGCAUCAAACUGAACUGGACCUGCAGUCUGCCCGAUGCCUGCCAGCGCAUGCAGGCCACGUGCAGGCUGGCAGGGCCUUCCUCCCCUCCCUGUGAGGCUGAGGAGGUCACGGCACAGGAGAUGCUUCAUGGCCAUAAAGGAACAUUUACUUGUCCGCCUCUGCAGCCCUUCACUGUCUACAGUGUCACCAUCUCAGUGCCCCCCAGCACCAUCCUGUUCACACGGCUCCUGAGGACAAAGGCAACAGUGCCCGAGAAGCCGGAGCGGCUGUGGCUGGAUGCCAGCACGGGGACGCUGCAGUGGCAGGCGCUGCCCUCCUGCAAAGGGGAGAUCCUCGGGUACCAGCUGAACGUCACGGCCAGGAGCGCGCAGGACGGCAGCUUCCUGGAAUUCCAGCAGGUGACAGUGAACAGCUCUGUCACCCAGUACACGCCACCUCGUCAGAUGCCCGGCAGCAAGUACACAGUGACAGUCCAGGGCCUGACAGCCGCUGGCGCUGGGGAUGCUUCCUACCUGGAAUUUCAAGCCUAUGUCUCAGUUUCAGGGCAGCCUCCAGGCCCCUGGCCAUGGACUGCGGUCACCGUGGUGGCUGUGCUGUCAGCGAUGGUCAUGCUGUCUGCUGGGAUCCUGUGGUUUGCACUGUCUAGGAGGAGGAAAGCCUUGCCCAGGAAAGCCGAGGAGGACCAUUACACAGAGCUCCAGCCCUAUGAAAACUCGGACCACUACUGUGUGAUCAAGGAGAGGUUUCUGGCCGAAGAAGAAGCAGGUAGAGGUGGCCGGGCUGGAGAGCGACCAUCCCUGUCCCUGCCCCUGCCCCUGCCCAUCCUGGAGUCCUCAGGAAUCAGACAAAGCAGUGAGGGAGAGGAGAAGAUGGGGUGAAUGUCCCCGGAUCCGUGCUGGUGGCACUUUCAUUGUCUCUUGGUCCUCCACAGCUGGAAGCAGGGCCUCACAGCUUGUGCUGUGCUACUGUCCCCCACCCCCCAUAUUUCAUCCCUCAUUAAGCUCCUGCACACUUUGUAACACACCAGGAGCAGCCCAAGGCAUGGGAUGAAACGCUUGCACCCACAAAAUUGUGUCCUCCAGUAUUUUGGCUCAGCUAUUCCAUCCUGACCUGGUGCUUGCAAGUGUCAUUUGAGACCAAAGCACCCCACUGGGUUCCCAGCCCCUCUUUGCUUUGCAGCCCCAUCCCCAUCUAACUCCAGGACUCUGCCUGAGCUUUGCCCAAGCUUGCUGCCCUCUCAACUGCUCUGUUGUAUCCAAACAACCAAUAAAGUAGUGUGGUCUGCAGGGGGCUGCCUGCCCCACUACGGCA